CACUAAUUGUGAGCAGCACUUCCACUUCAUGUAAAAGGAAGGAUUUAUUGCUUGAUAGACAUCGAUUGAAUCUCUUGUCUAAAUUAGAGAGUGGAGAAAUAUCAUCUGGGAGAGGUAAACAACAAGAAACAUCAUUGGCAAGACCUGGAGAUACAAGAUGGGGAUCUCAUUAUAAGACUUUACUUCGUAUUGAGUCAAUGUGGGAUUCAGUAAUAGAAGUGCUAGAAAUUGUGAAUCAAGAUGAGCGCAAUCCAUCUAGGGCAGGAGGAUUGGUACAAAUAAUGGAGUCUUUCAGCUUUGUAUUUAUUACGAAGAUGAUGUUACAAAUCCUUCGUAUUACAAAUGAGCUCUCACUCAUCUUGCAAAGGAAGGAUCAAAAUGUUGUUCAAGCUAUGUCUUUAAUUAUUGAUGUCACGACACGUUUGAAUAAUUUGAGAAGUGAAGGUUGGGAACCAUUGUUUGAAGAAACAAAAGCCUUCUGCCUUGCAAAAUGUAUUCCAAUACCAAAUAUGAGUGAUCAAGUAUCACGAUUUGGUCGAUCAAGAAAAGAUAUCUAUUAUGAUGACUUCUCUUUUGAUGACCGCAAGACCAUAAAAGAUCAACUUCAAACUUUCAUCAUUCAUGUGCGGCGACUUGAAGAAUUCAAAGUUUGUUAUGAUCUUGCAAGCCUUUCAAAAACAAUGGUUAGACUUGAGAGACACAUUGUUUUUCCAUUGGUUUAUCGUCUCAUUGAGUUGGCAUUGAUAUUACCGGUGGCGACAGCAACAGUUGAAAGGGCAUUCUCAGCUAUGAAGAUUAUUAAAACUGAAUUGCGCAACAAGAUGACCGAUGGGUGGUUAAAUGAUUUGAUGCUGUGUUACAUCGAAAGAGAAAUAUUCAAAGGUCUUGAUCUUCAACAAAUUAAAAAGGCAUUUCUAGAUCUUAAUUGGUUCAUCGUUUAUUGAUAUGUUUAUAUGGAUUGUACUGCUCGCAAGUAAUUUUAAUGCAUCAUAUAAGAGGUAACAUCUAUCUCAAUGGUGCUUUUGAUUUGUGUCUUGCGUUUUAGUUUGUGUCAUGCACUCGCGGACUCGCCAAGUCGCCAUACCAUAAAUUUUUUGCUGGCUCCGCCACUGGGUGGAACA